GAAAGAGCAGUAUUUUUAUUGGAGUGUAUUUAUUAUUAAAUUUCUACUUCAUUUCAAAUUGGUGCUAUAUUAAUUAACCUAUUUAACAUAUAAACACAAACAGUAAUUAAUUUCUGUGUAUAGUAUACUAAUGUACUUAUGAUACAGACAGAUUGAUUUUGAAUUGUUAAUAUUAUAAAAAAUAUUUUCGAUCACAAUAAUGACAGCAGUGAGAACAUGUCCUGGACUUUACUGUGGUCGAACUGAGCUGGAUGGUGGCAGUUGGAGUGACUGCGGUGCCUGCCCUCGAGGAUACCGCACCAAUGACUCCAGUUAUUGUAUGCCAUGUGCCGAUGAACCAACCCUGUAUGACUGGCAGUACUUAGGAUUUAUGGUUUUAUUACCCUUGGUUUUACAUUGGUUUUUUAUAGAUGUUGUCGCUACAGGAAAAAGCAAAGAGGGAAUUCUAAUACAACAUAUUUGUGCAUUUGUGGAGAUAAUAUCGGGAACUCUGGCAGCACUGUUAGUUUUACCCCCAGCUGGCACAGUGGCCCUGUAUGUGUGUACACCAAAGGCUCUCUCGGAUUGGUAUACAUUAUUGCACAACCCACAGCCUGAUUACAAAGAAACAUUGCAUUGUACUCAAGAGGCUGUAUAUCCACUAUAUACAGUGGUGCUGCUCAUUUAUGCAUUUAGCCUUUUAAUGACGAUAAGCUUCAGGCCUUGGCUCCUGACCUUUCACACUCCCAACUUUGGCAAAAAAGCAAUAUAUUGUGCACUCUACUUUUAUCCUAUACUUAUAUUGAUCCACACAGUUGCUGCAGGUUUAAUAUAUUGUUCUUUUCCAUAUAUAAUAAUUAUAAUAUCAAUGAUAACAUCGGCGUCACAUUUCUCAAUCAAACUAGACCAAUCUGCACCUGCACUGCUGUUAUCUUCAAUGACUGAUACAAGAAACUUAACAAUCUUGCUGGGACACUGGCUCGUUCAUGCAUAUGGCAUCAUAUCUUUGACUGGAUUCAAGGAACUGUGGUACCUAUCUUUAGUGCCUGCACCAGCAUUGUUCUACAUAUUAACAGCACAGUUCACUGAUCCAAUGAAGAUCCACAAUGACUGACAUGCACAGAAAACUUUUAUGAAAUUUGUAUUGAACUGAGAAUCAGCAUGGAAUUGCUGUAAUUAUAAUACUGAAAUGUUCAUUACCUGGCAAUCUUUUGGGCAUUUUUAUGUGUAGGAACCAUUCACUGGUCCGAUUAUAGGAUAUUAGUCUCAAAGAAGACAAUGCAUAAGGUGUAUCAUAAGUUAAUGCAGUAUGUGAUUUCAUGGUGUUGUAUUUGCGUCAGUAUAUUGAAUGGAUAGAAUCCUUGAGUGCUGUAGAAUAAUAAUUAAUCACUUUUAAAGUUUCCAAUAUUGCAUGCUUUUGGCACAUGUGUAUUUAAAAAAAAUUAUGCUAUAUGUGUUUUGAAAUUUUUUGUAAUAAUUUUCCUUAUACUUUUUCUAAGGAUGGAGAAAAGGAAUGAGCAUAGUAAAAUGAAUGUGUACAACUUUGGAAUUCUCCUAUUAUAGUUAAACAUAACAGUUUAUAGGUGUCACUUUAGUUGAGAAAGUAACUUUUGUACAAUACAUCAAGCGAAUCUAUAACAUACAUUUUGUACUUUUGUACCAUGUUUAAAAAUCCGCCCUAAUUUCACAUACUAUUCCUGCAUCGUCCUCUGUAAUUACAAAAUUUAAAAAAUAACAAAUAUCCACACAUCGCAGGUCAUGAUGGAAACGUCACGUAGCUCAUUCAAUUCCUUUCAGUUGACCCAAUUGAGCAAGACCGAGCUCGCCACCAGCUUGCCAAUUCCCGCAUCCUUUAAUCGUGAGUGAUUUAGCGCCUUUUUAUAAUAAUUAAUUGCAAUAUAAUUAGAUUAUGCAAAAUGGCAGGCUUCUGCUAUGAGCAAAGACAUGCUGCCAGAGGCACGUCCUUGACCUCGACGACCUCAUAACGGUACCUCCCUACGGUUACUCCCGCACGGUUGUCCCUACCUCGUUAUGACACAAAUACACGCGUAAAUCGUUACUGCAUACGAGUGUAUUCCAAUAUCAUCCAUUAGGAUAAAAAUAUCGUUUUUGCCAAUGAAGACAACAAUUGGAAUAUUUUGACUCUAGAUUUAAUGGCUUCACUCCUGGUAUCGACGAUGAUUUUAAUGAUAAAUGAAUUUUAUUUCACUCUGAUACUUCGGACACCAUGU